AGAGAUAGAGAUAGAGAUAGAGAUAGAGAUAGAGAUAGAGAUAGAGAUAGAGAUAGAGAUAGAGAUAGAGAUAGAGAUAGAGAUAGAGAUAGAGGUAGAGAUAGAGAUAGAGAUAGAGAUAGAGAUAGAGAUAGAGAUAGAGAUAGAGAUAGAGAUAGAGAUAGAGAUAGAGAUAGAGAUAGAGAUAGAGAUAGAGAUAGAGAUAGAGAUAGAGAUAGAGAUAGAGAUAGAGAUAGAGAUAGAGAUAGAGAUAGAGAUAGAGAUAGAGAUAGAGAUAGAGAUAGAGAUAGAGAUAGAGAUAGAGAUAGAGAUAGAGAUAGAGAUAGAGAUAGAGAUAGAGAUAGAGAUAGAGAUAGAGAUAGAGAUAGAGAUAGAGAUAGAGAUAGAGAUAGAGAUAGAGAUAGAGAUAGAGAUAGAGAUAGAGAUAGAGAUAGAGAUAGAGAUAGAGAUAGAGAUAGAGAUAGAGAUAGAGAUAGAGAUAGAGAUAGAGAUAGAGAUAGAGAUAGAGAUAGAGAUAGAGAUAGAGAUAGAGAUAGAGAUAGAGAUAGAGAUAGAGAUAGAGAUAGAGAUAGAGAUAGAGAUAGAGAUAGAGAUAGAGAUAGAGAUAGAGAUAGAGGUAGAGAUAGAGAUAGAGAUAGAGAUAGAGAUAGAGAUAGAGAUAGAGAUAGAGAUAGAGAUAGAGAUAGAGAUAGAGAUAGAGAUAGAGAUAGAGAUAGAGAUAGAGAUAGAGAUAGAGAUAGAGAUAGAGAUAGAGAUAGAGAUAGAGAUAGAGAUAGAGAUAGAGAUAGAGAUAGAGAUAGAGAUAGAGAUAGAGAUAGAGAUAGAGAUAGAGAUAGAGAUAGAGAUAGAGAUAGAGAUAGAGAUAGAGAUAGAGAUAGAGAUAGAGAUAGAGAUAGAGAUAGAGAUAGAGAUAGAGAUAGAGAUAGAGAUAGAGAUAGAGAUAGAGAUAGAGAUAGAGAUAGAGAUAGAGAUAGAGAUAGAGAUAGAGAUAGAGAUAGAGAUAGAGAUAGAGAUAGAGAUAGAGAUAGAGAAAGA